CGCCAUCUUGCUAGUUUGUGGCUUGACUUGGAAGCGGUGGUGGUAGCUGCAGCCGUAGUGAGGGCGUGGAGAAGGGUGGGGUGAGUGGGCGAGGCAGCGACGAGGGCGGCAAAAUUCUCCUCCCCUUGGCCCCUCCGCGUGGGACGGCGUGGACGUGUUUUCGGAGGGAUGUCCGCCUUCUCUGAGGCGGCGCUGGAGAAGAAGCUGUCGGAAUUGAGCAACUCGCAGCAGAGCGUGCAGACCCUGUCCCUGUGGCUCAUCCACCACCGCAAGCACUCGCGGCCCAUCGUCACGGUGUGGGAGCGGGAGCUACGGAAAGCCAAGCCCAACAGAAAGCUUACUUUUCUCUACCUAGCCAAUGAUGUCAUUCAAAACAGCAAAAGGAAGGGGCCGGAAUUUACAAAAGAUUUUGCACCAGUUAUAGUGGAGGCCUUUAAGCAUGUUUCAAGUGAAACUGAUGACAGUUGUAAGAAGCACCUUGGAAGAGUGUUAUCUAUUUGGGAAGAAAGAUCUGUUUAUGAAAAUGAUGUAUUAGACCAACUUAAGCAAGCUUUAUAUGGUGAUAAGAAGCCUAGGAAGCGAACUUAUGAACAAAUAAAGGCAGAUGAAAAUGAAAAUUGUUCUUCUCUGGGAUCUCCAAGUGAACCACCACAGACUUUAGAUCUCGUUAGAGCAUUACAAGAUCUAGAAAAUGCAGCUUCAGGUGAUGCCGCGGUUCAUCAGAGGAUAGCUUCUUUGCCUGUUGAAGUCCAAGAAGUAUCCCUACUAGAUAAAAUAACAGAUAAAGAAUCUGGAGAAAGGCUUUCUAAAAUGGUAGAGGAUGCUUGUAUGUUGCUGGCAGAUUACAAUGGCAGAUUGGCAGCAGAAAUAGAUGAUAGAAAGCAACUCACUCGAAUGUUAGCAGAUUUUCUUCGUUGUCAAAAGGAAGCCCUUGCAGACAAAGAGCAUAAAUUGGAAGAAUACAAGCGCAAGUUAGCCAGAGUUUCCCUGGUACGCAAAGAACUCAGGUCUCGGAUUCAGAGCCUGCCAGAUUUAUCUCGAUUGCCCAAUGUCACUGGCAGCCACAUGCAUCUGCCUUUUGCUGGGGACAUCUACAGUGAAGAUUGAUGACCAUCUUCUUCCCAGGACCCAGGACUUUGCAAGAGAUGGAGACAGGUUAGGUGAAUAGUCCUGUAGUGUUAUUUUUGUAACUGUUGAGAGAGUGAUGCUAACAAAAGAAACAAGUAAUUUAUAAAAUUGUUUAAAAUGCUGGUUUGUUUACUAUUUUAUUAGUAAGUUAACAUGACUUAGUUUAAACAAAGUGAGGAUCUCUGUGUAUUAAUAAGCUUACGAAUAGUGAUUAUUUUCAAGAGAUCUUUUUGUAAUUUUUUUUGAUCCAAGGUCUUGUGAAAAAUUCCUAUUUCUAUUUCUUCAUGUAUUUGCAAUUGUUUUUCUUUAUUGUUUUCAGUAUCUAAUCACUGUAUACUAAUGGGGAAGAACUAAUCAGGAUUUGAUCGAAACUUUAUUAUGGUAUAGUUGGGACUUGAUUAUAGGAGAAACUAAAUGUUCCAUCUUAAUCUUCACCUUUUUUCCCAAACCAAGUACUGGUUCUGUGCCUCUCCAUGCCUUCGAUCCCUAGUGGUCAGCAGUUUAACACUAAACAUGGGCAUCGGCUGAAGGGUUAGAUCAGAGCCUAGAGAACUUUGCCCUGGCAGCAGUCCUUUCCAGCUGCCAGUGUAGAGUACAUAGAUGCUAAACAGGGACUCCCUUGAUUACACUGUUUAAAAUUAUUUGAGUAGAUUAAUAUAAAAAAGCUUUGGAGAUAUGAAUUUUGACACUCUACCAAGAGAAUAACUUUGGUUCUGGAACUGAUUUCUACUAAAUAAAUCAGUUUUUUAACAUAAUUGAUCCAUUUAAUUUAAAAACAUACAUGUAUGGAAUUUAAAAAACAUUUAAGAAUGAUGAUACUUCUAUUAUUCCCUAAACUAUUUAACUUUAAAAAAAUAGUAUUUUUAGCUGUAAUAGCUCUAGAACACAGUAUUCAUUACUGUUUAGUAAAGUAGACUGGAACAUUUUUGAUGUUUCUGUAGGAUUUUUUUUUUUUUUUUAUACCAGGGAUCAAACUGGGGACCUUGUUUUUGUGAGGCAGGUGGCAGAACCACUGAGCUAAAUCCCUAGCUUCUGUAGGAAUUUUGAGUAACUGUAUUUGGAAAUUAAGCAGUGCUACACUACAGGGUAGAUCUGGUAAAUUUUAUAUUUGUAUAUUUACAGAUGUAAAUACAAAACAAAUGUACUUUUACCUUUUAUUUCUAACCUUGUGUGUUAGUGCAGUUGCAUGCUCUACAGCUUUCUUUUUAAGUCACAUUGUUAAGCUGUGGAUUUGUCUUUAAUGAUGACUUAGGAUAUACAUUUUUCUCAUUCAUUGCUUUAUAUAUUAGACAUUUCUCAUUGUAAGUAGAUUCAAAUUAAAUAAUAAAACAUCUUUUAAAUCACAGAAGGUAAUUACAUUUCACUACUCUGAAUGGCUUCACUCUUUUUUUUCAGUAUUAGAGAUUAUAAUUAAAAUAAAUUUACAUGUGAAGGAAAAGGCAUACAUUUAUUAAUAGCUAGUAGUUAUAGAAACAGUGCUUUUACCAAUGUGACCUCUUCCCAAAACAGAUACAUAUAGUAGUCCCAGACCACAUAUAUCUUAUAUUCCAAAGUGUUUUAGACAACUUUUGAGAGUUAGGAUACAUUUUCUU